AUGGAACUGUACCGCUAUUAUUCCAUGUAUGUUUCUGUUUGUUUGGCACUAACAUGCUCCAAGAGCAGCGAGAUGAAAAAUCAAUCCAAUCUGAGGUGGACAGACGAAAAACAAAUCCGGAUCGAAGCGAUCAAAAAGGCAGUCGUGGAGCAACUGGGUGUGUUGAGACCACCUAUUUCAGGAAGAAAUCUUUCGGGAACAGAGGAGGAGAAAAUGCAGCAACUUUACCUACAGCGUGUGAGGCACUUCGAUCAAAAUCCUGGCUUGACCAACAGGAAGGGUAUCAGAAUGAGUUCUGUCAAUAUCUUUAUGGAGAAGGGGACAUUUUUGGAAACCACCCGUAGAACAACAAAUUACCUGACCAGCAAUAAAAAGCGACUGUACUUCAAUAUUACCAUUACCAGGAACUGGCUUGUCUCUCCCGAAAUAAAAAUUUUGAGAGGUGAACUUAAACUCUACAAACGUUUACAGCAAGAAAUAAAUUUACUUCAAAAAAAGAGAGACGCAAACCUACAGCUUGUGAAAAUCUACCAGUUGCUCAAGCCAGCAGUUGAAAGGAAAGAAUUUCAGCUCCAUUUCCUUGGCAGUAAAGUCAUUACAUCAAAUGAUGAGAAGGCCGCAAUGUUUGACAUUCGAAAAACAGUUGAAUACUGGAUAAACUAUCCACAGGAAAAUUAUGGUCUUGAACUUGAAUUGAUUCCUUGGUUUGCAAGUCACAAACACAAUCCUGAUGACAUAGUGACCAUUGAAGCAGAACUAGAAAUAGAAAUGCAAAAGGUUUUUAAAGAGGUCCGCACACGUCGUGAAAGCCACACAGAGGAUUGCCAGAGAAAUCAAAUACAGUGUUGUAGGCGACCACUACACGUAUCUUUUGAAGAGAUUGGAUGGUCAGACUGGAUUAGGGCCCCUCUAAGUUAUAAUGCCUUUUACUGUGAGGGUACUUGUCCUCAAAAGUACAAACUUGCCACAAUGCAUACACUAAUCAAAUCAAAGAUGAAUCGUCUUUCUAAUGGAGCUAUUCCUGCACCUUGUUGUGUUCCUGCAUCCUAUGAACCACUAACUCUCCUGCAUUUUAACAGUAACAGCAAAUUAACACUUACAGCAUUUGAUGACAUGAUUGUGUCCAGAUGCCAUUGCUCAUAA